AAAUGUGCCAAGUAUAAGAAGGUUAAAUAUUGUAAGGAAAGAAAAUCAGUUAAGAAAUGUUGUCUCAUUAAGAAGAAAUUCUUCUGUGCCAAACAUAAGAUUAUCAAGUUCUGUAAGCACAAGAAGACUCUUUCUAAAUGUGUCAAAUAUCAAAAGAAGAAGUAUUGUGCCAAGACAAUUGUCAUUCCUCCAAGAUGUAUCAAGAAGAAGUAUUAUAAGAAGUGUUUGAAACGUUCAAAGGGAAAGAAGAUUUGUAAGAAAUUUAAGUUAGUUGGUGGAAAGAAGAAGUGUUGCAAGUCAAUCAAGAAGAAGAUUUGUAUCAAGAGAAAGACAUGUAAGAAGUCAUCAAAGCCAAUCAUCAAACCAUCUUUGUAA